CCUACUUCCGUUCAUGCGCUCUUGGUUUGACCUACACAGUAACAGGAGAAAAUGGCAGCGGCAGGACUGGGGCAGCAGGUGCGCCUCUUCAGCACCACUGUAGUUAAGCCUGUUGCGAAGCUGGUUAAGCCGCCCAUCCAAGUGUAUGGUGUGGAGGGCCGCUACGCCACUGCCCUGUUCUCUGCCGCCUCCAAGCAGAAGAAGCUGGACCAAGUGGAGAGGGAGCUGGGUCGCGUCGCUACCCUGAUCAAAGAGCCCAGGCUGUCGAGUGUGGUGCUAAACCCUCAUGUCAAGCGCAGCGUGAAGCAGAAGACCUUCGGUGACGCUCUCACGAAGGAGAACCUCUCCCCCAUCACAGUCAACCUGAUCAAGGUGCUGGCUGAUAACGGCCGCCUGACACUGACUGCCGAUGUGAUCUCGGCCUUCGGCAAGAUGAUGAGCGCGCACCGCGGGGAGGUCCUCUGUUCCGUCACGACAGCGCAGCCCCUGGAAGAAGCCCACCUGACUGAGCUGAAAACUGCUUUGACUGGGUUUCUGCAGAAGGGAGAGACUCUGAAGCUGGAGACCAAGUCUGACCCUUCCAUCUUUGGGGGAAUGAUCGUCAGCAUUGGAGACAAGUAUGUGGAUAUGUCCACGAAAACCAAGAUCCAGAAGCUGACUAAAAUCAUGAAGGAGACCUAGUUCUUCGGACUGCUGGGCAGUUAAACGUGUACUUUUCUGCUUUUCAGCAGUGACCUAGACCUCAUCUGCCUGUUAUAAACGUGGGUAAUAAAUGUUCUGUAAUACAAAC